GUAUAAAGUUGGAGAUAUACCUAGUACAUAAAAUUUCCAUAUAAAAUGCAGUUUUAAAAUUUCUUUCGGUACUGAACCGUGCCCCAUCCCUAGUUGCAGCCGUCGCCACAGCCAAUUUAAGGUCGUAAAUGCGUUUGUCCCUAGAGAUCUAACAGAUCAGAGUGACAUUCGAUCUGCGAGCAUAUAGAGAUAGCGGGAGAGGAGCAGAUAAUGAAUACCAACUUUGCGGUUGAGCUGUUUGGGGAAGAUGAAGACGGAGACAACUAUUCAAACGACGAGCAACAGCAGCGCCAGUCAUCAGCCUCACAAUCUUCUUCUUCAUCGUCCUCCGCAGCCGCGGCCUCCUCAUCCGCCUCUUCGGGUGGUUCUUCUUCACCGUCGUCUUCCAAUAGAAGUAGCAGCGGUAGUGGGAGUGGAAGCGACAGCGGCAGAGAAGAAGACGAUCAUGGGGAAGUCAGGUCUUCUAAUAAUGAGAUUGAGGAUGAGGAUAAGGAUCUGUUUGGCUCAGAUAAUGAGGAGUAUGUAAAAACAAAUGCUACUAGUCCGUACCCAGUUCCUGUUUUGCCCCCAGUGCGUAAUCUAAACAACCCAUCAAGAGGAGGUAUUGGGCGUGGACGUUGGCAGAAUGGUAGAGGGAAUGGCAUUCUUGCUUUGCCCAAUUAUCCACCAAGACAGGGUUGCAAUUAUGGUUCCAAGUUCCCCAAUGUUCCUCGCGAUGAGCGUUUUGUUUCUGAGCUUAAGUUUGCAAAGAGUGAAGAAACAUUGGCAAGAAAGUCCACUGCAAUCCAACAGCCUUGCGAGCUUGCUUGCUAUAGUCGAGUGGAAGGGGGAGACGUCUACUUUGACGAUAGUAGCUUGAGGCUAUUUAAACGUCUGAUUACUGAAGAUAUCGGGGCUGACCUGAAUGAAGGUUUUGAUACUUUCAUUGAGAAGAGAGAUCUGGGAUCUCAGGGUUUUGGUGACCUUCUUGCCUGCAUUAGGCACAAGAAGGAGGAAAUUUCACUUGAAAGGAUGCACUUUGUGACAUUCCGGAACAACUUGAAUAAGAUAAUGGCUACUGCCUAUAUCAGGAAUGAGCCUUGGGAAAUGGGAGUUCACAAAAGGAAAGGUGUUGUUUACCUGGAUGUGCACAAAUUACCGGAAAGGACAAAAAGUGAUCUAGAUAGAAGAAGGUGUUACUGGGGCUAUUGUUUUGAAAGUCUGGCCACUGAAGGUCGUGGUGGAGAACGGAUUCAUGACAUCGAUGCAAAUGUCGAAUUCUGUUCUGUACUUAAAACCAAAAUAGGAGCGCACCGUGUUUUGCUGGGGGCUGAAAUCGAUUGCUGUGAUUCAAGGGAUAAUGAUGAAAAAAGAUUCUAUAUUGAACUGAAAACAAGCCGGGAGUUGUUGGACCAUCGUACUGAGGAAAGAUUUGAGAGGGAGAAACUGCUCAAAUUCUGGAUCCAGUCGUUCAUUGCUGGUGUGGAAUACAUUGUUGUUGGAUUUAGGGAUGAUAAUGGUUUUCUUGUCCGGACUGAAAGAAUGAGAACCAAUGAGAUCACACAAAGGGUAAAACUCAAAGGUUAUUGGCAGGGCGGAGUAUGCCUUGCUUUCACAGAUGAGGUCUUAUGCUGGCUUUAUGGGACAGUGAAGGAAAAUGAAGAUUACAUCUUGCAGUUUACUGCACACUCGACUAGGUUGGAGCUCCUACGGGCUCAGUCAUGCCCGGAUGCAAUUACUCAGCAUGUUCACGAACUCUAUGGUUUAUGAAUGGUAUGUGCAUUAGAGACAGACUAUAAGCAGCUCGGUUCCUUUUAAAUGGGUUCAGACCAGUUUUAACCCUUUUUAGCUAUAAUUAUUCGUCAAGUAUAAUGUGCCAAGCAAGGUUGUCCAUGGUUUUUAGAAGGGUAUAUUCUAAAAAUACGGGAAUGUUGUGCCGACAUGGCCAUUUUACGGGUUUUUUGACAGCUUUCUGCUUUUUAAGUGCCCUAUGUGCUUUUGACGGCUUUGAUUCUCUCAUCUCUGCUCUAUGAAUUGCCAAUCAUCUUCCGCUCAAUCAUCUUGUUCACUCCCCGUUGCUUUUCUUUCUUCUUUCGUCGCCAUCCUCACUCCUCGUUGCUUUUCUUUCUUCUUCCGAUGUCAUCCUCUUUCUUUUUUCCUGCUAGUUCGUUUUACCUUUUGUGUUUUGUAGCGUAUGCUUGAGCCUGUCGUAGCAAAUUUUGGAGUUGUUAUUGGCCUUUUGGCCAGUGACUGUCACCUGUGGUUAAGGCCUUCUGUGCACUUUUUAUCUCAUUUAGAUGCAUUAUCACAAAUAAAAAUGAAGAGUAUACAAUGAUGUGAGCUCACAGGUUUCACAAAUGUCCGCUUUAAUGGAACUUUUAUGCACUUUGAAUAUUUACAUGUGCAUAUUGACUAGUUAUUAUCAUUAAAUAUUUUUAUUUUAACAUCUUGUUAAAUAUAUAUAUAUAUAUAUAUAUAUAUAUAUAUAUAUAUAUAUAUAGAUUUUGGUUCAAAUAAGAACGAGUCUUAACGUGAGAACGUGAGAACACAUCUGAGUCAUCCAUCUCUCUACAUCCGUAUACCAUUUUAAUUAUUUAUUAGUGGAUAUUUAAGUAAUCAUGCAUAGGUAAGUUAAUUUCGUAAGUGUUUGACCGGCCAGUAUUGUGUAAUCAAAACAAAACAUGGGGGGCCUUUUCCUUCACUCAUUGCCCAAAUGAGCCAAAAAGAGCAUCCCUACCCAUCCCCUCCUCACUAACUCGAGCUCAAGCUGGGGGACCUUUUCCUUCACUCAUUGCCCAAAUGAGCCAAAAAGAGCAUCCUUACCCAUCCCCUCCUCAUUUACUCGACCAAGACCAGGUAAAAGAAGAAAAGAAGCUCUACAACUCCAUCCUUCCAUAGUCAAAUUCGAGCUCAAGUUGAAGGAAGCCAAAAGAAGAAAUUUAAAGAAGGAGAAGGGAGGAAAAGUGUGGUGGUUAAGGAACUUGUAUAAGGUGUUCCUAGUAUUUCCACGAAGUUGGAAUAAUUCGUCGGAGUUUUGCCAGAGUUCAACAAAGUUCGUCGGGGUUUCGCCGGAGUUCAACCAAGAAGGGUAGAACGCAUUAAAGCUUCAUUUAAGGUUGAGGCUAGAGUCCUACUAUUUGCACCUAGGGUGGUCAUCAAAUAAGGAAGACUUGGUUCGUGCUUCCAUUCUUAUUUUCAAACAUGGAAUUUGCUCAUGGAUAUUUCAAACAAUGUUUUCUAUUAAAGCAUUUGGGGGUCUGCGUGCUCGUGUUUGCCACAUGUGGCUAAAUAUCAAACAUAUUAUUUUCUGCAUUUGUUUGAUUACGAUAUUGAUGUUGAUUGUAUGUGUUUACUAAUCGGUUUGGCAAUUGAAUCUAUCGGACGCCUUGUAUAAUUCAAUAGGGAUGAA